CGGCGUCGUGUGUGAGUGUAAACGGCCGAGAUGGACUGGUUAUGGCCGAGAGUGUGUGAGUGUGUGCAUCGCAGUCGCUGUAGUAGUAGUACGGUCGGCACUACUCGCUACCAACCGGCCGAGUGCGUUCGAAAACACGACACGACGCUGUCCGUCGUUUCUUUAUUCUCGCGGUACGGGUUCGCGCGCGUAUGAUAUCGUAGUAUGGCCAGUAUAUUAUCGUCAUGGGCACCGAGUGCGACCGGCUUCGAUGUUAAAAUAAUACAAUAACAAUAUCGUACGUAAGGUAUCCGCCGGCUGGUCCGUUUUUAUUCAAUCCAAUUUUCUCGACGAAUCCGAGGUCCGUUUAGUCGCGUUACGUCGGCAACAGUACGUAACAAUCGUUAUUCGCCCAGCAGACGUUGUCAUGACUCAUGGUGUUGCCAGCGAGCGUCCGGACGAAACAUGGACACGGCCUCCGACAUAAGUCAGAUUGAUAAUGAAAUAAUCAGAUUAAAAAACGAACUUUCAAGAACAAAAAAUGCAUUGACCAGUCAAAUUAUAAAAAGACAUCAGCUAGUGGCAGAACUGUCACUUAAAGUUGACAAAAAAAACAAUCAACUAAAAGAAUUUCAACGCUCGAAUUUUAAUGAUUUGGGCAAAGUUUUGAGGUCACUGUAUGUGUUCGAGUCUAAAUUGAGAAAAGAACAACAGCAGAUAAGACGGCAAUUAGGAGAGAGAGACUCAGUGAUAAGGCAACAACAAAUAGAAAUUGCAAAAUUGAGACAGAGUCUAGCGCAGUACUGUCAUAAGAAUGAGACGCGUGAGGAUACGGAAAUUUCGAUUUCAAAGCCCGACUUGAUCACAUCUAUCUCUUCACAAUCACACUUAACUGAACCCAUAAAAAAUAAUGAUGGAGAUUCGUCCAAUUCAGAAAAACUCAUAGUGAUACCACCGAAAUUGGAAGGUCCGAGGAAAAAUGUCUUACCGGUUGACACGCGAACUAAGAAAAAUUCAAACAACAAUAUAAACUUUAACAAGAACGUGUACAGUAAAACUGUUACGGACUUAUCUCUCAAUGACAUAUCGUCGUUUCCAAACCCAACACCCAAUAACAACUUAUUUGUUGUGUCUAACUCGAUUUUCUCGAAAAACGAGUUCACAUAUAAUGAAGUCUCUAAAGAGGCGAUAACUUCGGUGAAACAAAACGGCAAGGUGAUUACGUCUGCCCUGAAGAAGGCGGACAAGUAUCCGUCGCCGAAGACCGUGCACUUCGGCAAGACGACUCACAUACCCGAACCCGACGAAGACGGACAGACGGACAUCGUGAAGACGGUCGAGACGUUAUUGCUGCAGCAGUGCGGCGACUCGACCGAAUCGGAGAACGACACGUCGAGCACGGCGUCCACGGAAACGUCGCCGAGCGUGUCGCAGAUGGUCCGGAAGUUUGAGAGCAUAUGCACCACGGCGGCCACGACUUCCGGUUUGGCGACUGGGUCGGACUUGCGGGGCGCAGACCACAACGGCGGCAGUGCAGAUGGGAUGAGGUCACCGACCCUGUCGGUCAACAACGGCGGAAACGACGGGAGCUAUAUCGCGGACGCCGACCUGAGGACGGCUGCCGAGCUGAACGUGAGGACCGACUCGGAACCGGACGUUUGUAGCGGCGGUGGCUGCGCCGUGUCGUUGAGCGACCUGGAUCCCCGGAACAACUUUGAAGAGUUCCGGUUCGAGGACAGCGACCUGGACAAGGAGUACGGUUGUGGCCGACCCGAAGCGGACGGGCUCGAGUAUCCGCCCGGCGACGGUCGGCACGGUUCGUCGUCCGUGGCGGCGGCGGUUACGGCCGCAGCGGCAGCCGCUGUCCUUCUGCGGUCUGCCGGGGACGACGGCGCGUGCUGCGCCGGCCGGGUCAACUACGAGUCGUUCCUGGAAGUGACCGGACUCAGCCAGAAGUCCAUCAUCACCGUGCAGCCCAACAGGAACGCGUACGGGUCGCAUAGGAACGUGCAGAAGCCCAAGGACGUGAAGAGCAGGAAUCGAGCCAAGUCGGCGUCGUUUGACUGCAAGUCUGCGUACCCGGCCGCCGUCAAGUACUGGACCGAACCCUAUCUAUGAGACGGCCGCCAUUAUAAAUAUAGUUACCUUCCUAUUUACUUUAUUUACCUGCACAUACCUAUAGUACUAAGUUAUUGAAUGUUUUUUUUUUUUAAUUUUUAUUGCGUUGAGAGAAUAUUUAAAUUUAUAAUAUUUAUAUAUAUAUAUAUACGCGUUGUUUAUCGAUAUUGGACUUUUAUUACACGAUCAUUAUUGCGCAUAAAUUUGUGCAUUGUGACCUAAUCGAAAUAUUAUUAUAUUAUUAUUAUUAUUCUAAUUAUUAUUAUGUUUAAUUUUAACCAAGCACUGAUAUAAUUUUAACCUGUGGUUGACGUCAAAUAAUCAAACAUUAAAAUUAUAACGUGUUAACGUCAUAAACUCAAGUUUUUGAAUUAAAAAAAUAAAUAUCUAAGCGGAAUGAUUUUUCCGCUCGAACGA